CGUGUCGUUUACAGUUUAUGUUAUUUACGUUCCCUUAGAAGCUGAGAUGGCGAGUAAACUAUCUAUUCGUAAGGCACAGGUACACGUGCCGGACACGUGUGCGUGGUGUGAUAGUGUACAGGACGUGAACUGGUACUGUAAUGACUGUCAGGAGGCUUUGUGUGACAAAUGUAAGGAGACCCAUCAGCGCGCGAGGAGGACAAGGAAUGAUGACGUUGUACCGAUAAAACAGGCGAACAAACAAGCCGAGGUGGUACUACCAGAGAUAUGUAAGAGACACCCCGGUAAAACAUGCGAUCUGUUCUGUACAGAGUGUAACGUCGCCAUUUGUUCAAUGUGUUUUACACAGAAACAUAAACAGCAUGCAUUCAAACAUUUUGAAGACGAAAUUAACACCCAGAAACAUUACAUGCGUGAGCAGUUGGAAACAUUAAAAUUCAAGUUAGAUCAGUUCAAUGAGAAGUUAUCAAACCGUCGGAAAGAGAGCACAACAUUCAAAGAAAGUGUCGAUAUUAUCUGUAAAGAUGUCAAAGAACAGGGAACAAAGCUGAAGGCAGGAAUAGAUUCUAUAGUGGACAAUGUCCUUGCUGAAUUAUCAUCACUGGUUGCUGAAGAAGACAAACUCCUUAAACAGGAAUGUGAACAUGAUGAUAAAAGUGUUAAACAAAUAAAGCAGCUGAUCGAAGAAGUGGAGCAGCAGUCGGAAAAUCCAUCAGGUGGAACUCUGUUUGGGCUGACGAUGAGACUUAGGAUCACCAUACCGCUUUAUGACGUUACUGGUACGAGUAUACAUCUAUACCUACCAAGUUUUGAAACCGGACAAAUGGAUAUAGAACAGUUGACAAAAAUGGUCGGAUUUGUUAAGGCCGGGAGUAGGAAUGAUUCAACGCCCAUGUAUGAGAAGAAGGAAAUCAAUAACCAGCAUGUCCGAAAAUUUACUACAUUCCAAACCCCUCCAAACAAAUCCAUUCUAUCCAUAUGUCUAAUAGACGACACCUAUGCAUGGAUAUCAAGGCUUGACUGUCUGGACCUGCUCCGAGUCAAUAAAAAGGGAAACGUAACGGAGACUGUGAAGCUUGAUGUUGCACCUUGGAGUUUGGCUUUGACCGAAUCUGGACUACUGAUGACACAACGUGAUCAUUCAGCAUUGAUACACAAACUUUCGGAGGACAGGCGAGUGACGACCUUUGCCGACAUCAGUCCAUUAAAGUCCUGUAGUAUCAGUGUUAGUAACACAGACGAGGUGUUCGUUAGUACUGACACUACAACAAUACUGGUUCUGAACAUGUCCGGGGACAAGGUUAGACAACUCUCGUAUGGACAGAGUGGGAGACGUAUAGUUAGUUUGACCGGAGGGUAUGUCGCUGUUACCACUGGAGGCGGUUUCUGUAAAGACCUGAAUAUCAUCGACAGAUCAGGUCAGAUCAUACAUACGUGGAGUGGAGAACUGGACACUGGUCAGACGCUACCCGGAACGAGACAGAAUAGUAUAGCAUGUGAUAAAUAUGACAGAGUAUUUGUACCAGACUUAGUUACUCAUCAGGUAUACGUCAUCUCACGGAAUGAGAAAAAAGCAAACUGUAUCCUGGACAAGAAACAUGGAGUACGACAUCCAAUGGCAGUAGGUGUAGACUGGUGUGGACAUGUUUGGAUCGGGUGUCGUGAUGGUACGGUACAUAUUAUACAACUCUAAUCAGCCAGGAGAUACAACUGUAGAUAAACUCUUGAUGGUGGGAUACUUCAAUCCCUGUUCCUUACAAUGACAAUUUAACUAUUUGUCGACUGUUGCGAUUGUUAGGUUUUAUACCUCUACAUCAACACCACUUCAUUUGACCUUUUCUUAUGACGAUUGUUUUACCUCCUCAAAUAGCCUGCCCCGUUUUUCUUGUUUUAUGAUUGUCGAUACAAGUAACAAGAAACUGAAAGCGAGUAUUUGAGAUGCUCUGUUUUUAACCGAAGGUAGUUAUAAAUUCAUUGAUGAAAUGACGGUCUGCUUAUGUUUUAAUCACCUGACUUCUAAAGAAGAACCUGUCUGUCCUUAUCAUAGCCUUACUCAUCCGACCAAUCAGUUUACAUCUUCCCCGUGUCUGAUUGCUUAAGAUAGGAAUAAAUUAAGUAAUCACGUGAGGUACCAAGUCAAAUGUUUCUAUGUCAAAACCAACAGUAGACGUUUUAUCAGUAACAUCGGCCUGAUAUUAAAUAUUUUGUCUUUUGCUCACUUAAAUACCCCCAUCCUACUUUUCACCUUUAUACAUAAGCUUAUUCUAGAAACUAUGUAAUCAAACAUAUUCAUUUACUCUACAUUGUCGCUAUGUAAUCUUAUCAAACAAAAUAGAAAGUUACCAUAAUUCAUACAUAAUUCUCAUUAGUGUAGUGAUAUUUAGAACAAUGUUUGUAACGUCACUAGAAGACGUAUGUUUGCUUGAGGUUAAUAUAUCAAUUGUAUUUGACGUUACGAAAAUUCUUGCGACCUGAUUAAAAAAAUAAAAAAUAAAAAAUACCCUCAAAAAACCCCAAAAACCCAAUUGAUCAAAGUAACAUGAAACGAUGCAUAAAAAGAUGAAUAUCCUCAAAAUGAAAUUUAUUAAAAUGUUGAUUGUGAAUUGAUGGUUUUGUGUUUUUUUUUCACGAACUAUAUUAUUUUGCCGGGAAUGGUCUCAGUAUCACAUGAAAAGUUCACAUUGACACCUCGAAGUUUGACUUUUGUACGCGAUAAAAUUGUUAUAUAAUGUAUACAAGAAUAACUUAAGUUUAAUUUUGAUAUACUGUAAACGUACUUAUUUAAGCGCAGUCAAAUUUUAGCCCAAACACGGAAAAUUGUAAAAUAUGAUUUAUUAGCGUGGACGUGAAUUAGCGCAGUCGUCCCGACUACGCUAAAAAAAUCCGGAAAAUAUUUCAGUUCUAAAAUUAGGCACCGACAAAACAGGCAAGCACUGACAGACGACCCGUGUUCUAAAAUUAGACAUCGACUAAACAUGCGACCACUGAUAGAUGUAUGAAUAGACGACCCGUGUUCUACAGGUAAGUCACUAGUGAACUGUUUUCAUUAAAAUUACAUGUGAGUUGUAGUUGUUAUGUUAUUUAUUAACUUCCCAAAGCCGAUUUCAGUAUUCUGAAUUUCACCAUGUU